UGUUCACAUGCAGUUUCCGUUACUGAUCCAGUGGGACGAAGGUUUCUUCUUGGACUUUAACCUCGCUGUGUUUUGUCCUUUUACUCUGUAGCUAGCUCUACAUCUCCUCCAGCUAUGAGUGCAAUUAUUCCCCGGAUAGAGCAGCUGUCUGCCAGGGUGGUUCGGGUUUUGGGCUGUAACCCGGGACCGAUGACCCUGCAGGGAACCAACACUUACCUGGUCGGCACUGGGGAAAGGCGAGUGCUGAUAGACACCGGAGAACCGGGUGUACCUGAAUACAUCAGCAGUCUGAAACAGGCGCUGAGCCAGUUCAACACCAGCAUCCAGGAGAUCAUCGUCACACACUGGCAUCACGACCACACGGGCGGCGUGGAAGACAUCUGCAGGGACAUCACCGGUUCUGAGGUCCGAGUCAGCAAACUUCCUCGCUCCAGCCAAGUCAGAGAGACAGCUGGAAACAAAAGCUUUACUUACCUGAAAGACGGAGAUGUUGUCCAGACGGAGGGGGCCACACUCAAAGUGCUGUUCACCCCAGGCCACACUGACGACCACAUGGCCUUGCUGCUGGAGGAGGACCAGGCGCUCUUCUCUGGCGACUGCAUCCUGGGCGAAGGCACGGCCGUGUUCGAGGACCUCUUCGACUACAUGAAAUCUCUGAAGAUACUGCUGGACUCUGAGGCCGACCUCAUCUACCCUGGUCACGGACCCGUGGUUCAGGAUGCUGGCUCUAAGAUCAGACAUUACAUCAGCCAUCGAGACCAAAGAGAGCAGCAGAUCCUGGCAGCCGUUCAGGAUGGAGCAGGAAGGCCUUUCUCCUCAAUGGAGCUCGUAAAGAUCGUCUACAAGGACACCCCUGAAUACCUGCACCAAGCAGCCAACGUGAACCUGGUCCAUCACUUAAAGAAACUGGAGAAAGAAGGCAAGAUCAGCGUGGCCAACGAAUCUUCACAGAACGUCAAAUGGAAGAGUAACCUGUGAUGUCCGCAGAGAAGAACUUCACUCGAACUGCCCGCAGGAUGAUGAAAAUCCAUGUGGUCGAUGAUUUUUCAAAAGAAAGUGAUCAUAAUGUUUGUGGUUGAACGCCACACAUCUGCUGAUUGACACACGUUAAUGGACAAUCACACUUGUUGCCUUGGAUGUUUCCUGACCAACAACCGUGCUCAGCCGGCCUGUGCUGCAGCCCUUGUUUGUCGUAUUUGUCUGAAGGUCAGCUGAACUUUGCCUGUGCCAGAAUCAGCCCCAUCAUACGACGUGAUCAAUGUGCCACAGUGCCCCCAUCUGCCUGAAUUAAAUUGCUUCUCUUCCUUUUCUUCUGAUUUGUUGAAGCCAGCUAUUUAAUUAGUGAAAUAACCAUUUUAUUAAUGGAGUUUGGUCCACAAUCUUGUCUUUUUCCUCUUGCAGGACUUUGUCAACUGAUGUAAAUCAUCCUUUCAACUCAAGAAGAACAAUUUACCUUCAUAUAAGACAGAUAUUAAGAUGUGGGAGCUGCUUACAGUACAGUACACGUAGUCCACCAAACUCAAUUUAUAGACCUUAUGUUUUGUCAAAGCAGUCUACCGUAGGAUUUCAAGCAUGUGCAUAUGUAGGAUAUACAGCAGUAUAGUAAUAUACAACAUACACUGUACUGUAUAUCGCUGAGUUUGCUUAUGUGUGAAGUCUUGAGGGUGAAUGACAAAACAUUUGUUCUGUUAAUGAACUAUUGUUUGUUAAGUGGUUGGCGCCUCCCCAUCACUGGUGUGUGUUCACUUUAUCUCAGGAAAGGUUUUCACCUGCGCACUGAGCAGGAUUUUCCUGGACUUUAAUUGUGUUUACCUGGUUAAUAUCUGGGAUGGAGGCACUUAGUAAAGAAAUUUAAAAUAAAUAUUCCAGUUAAGUGUGUUCUCAGAGACUGGUGAUGGAUGCUUUUACACAAUGAGGUGUAUAUUUCUAUCCAGACAACCAUUUGGAGUGCUGUCACCUUAUUAGAGCUUUUAUUUAAUCUCUUUUUGUCUUUUCAAUGCUGCACACAUUUUCAGUCAGUCACUAGGUGGCAGUAUUUACUCACUAAAUUAUAAUUUACACUAAUACAGUAAUGUAUACAAAUGUUUAGAAUAUUUUGAAUUUGUUAAAACUUAAUAAAUGUAAAGAAUGUGAA